AAAUCACCUAAUAGUAACUUAUCAAAACCAUACCGUAAAAUAUCACCUAAUUCUCAAAGAAUAUCUAAAAACGAAAAAGAUGAUAAAAUGGUUGGUGGAAUGUGGAUGGGAAGAAAAAAUGGCGAAAAAGGUUUUAAAAGAUAA